AUGGCUACCGAACAAUUUGACACGGCUGUCAGUCUGGUGACGAUCGCCAUUAUCGGUGCAGGCCACCGUGGUAGGACCUACGCAGGCUACGCGUUGGAGUACCCGCACCUCGCCAAGGUGGUCGCCGUCGCCGAGCCCGGCAAGCACCGACGGACGGCGACGGCGACCAAGCACAGCAUCCCCGAGGCCAUGCAGUUUGCUCAGUGGAAAGACUUGCUCGCCCACGGGGAGGCCCAUGGCAACGUGGCCGACUGCGUCGUCAUAGCCGUCAUGGACCAGCUGCAUGCCGAGGCCGUUGCCGAUUUCGCUGUCAAAGGCUACCACAUCCUGUGCGAGAAGCCCAUGGCUACGUCCAUUGGCGAGUGCGUGGCCAUGGUGCGCAAGGUGUUGGCUGUCGAACAGCCGAAAGUGUUUGGCAUAGGACAUGUCCUCCGCUAUUCACCGUACAACCGCACCAUCAAGGAAGCCAUCGAAUCCGGCACCCUCGGCGACAUCAUCAACAUCCAGCACAUUGAGCCCGUCGGCAACGAGCACUUUUCGCACUCGUACGUGCGCGGGGCACGGCGCAAAGAGUCCGAGUCCUCGUUUGCCCUCAUGGCCAAGUGCUGCCAUGACAUUGACAUUCUCUCCUUCUACCUGUCCGGCCUAAAGCCGACCAGGGUGCAUUCGUUCGGCUCCAUCGGCCACUUCAAAAAGUCCCGCAAGCCCGCUGCGGCCGCCGCAGCCAAGAACUGCUUGGGCUGCGCCUACGAGCCCGACUGCAUCUGGAGCGCCAAGCGCAUCUACGUCGACCGCCUCAGUGAGCCGGGUGUGCAGUGGGCCAGCCUGUUUGUCGAUGCCGAUGCCCUGGACGUGGAGAACGUCACCGAGGCCCUCCGCACCACGUCGUACGGCAACUGCGUCUACGAGAGCGACAACGACGUCGUCGACCACCAGGUCGUCAACAUUGAGUACGAAGGCGGCGUCACGGCCAGCAUGACCAUGUCCGCCUUCACCGAGGCCAUCUGCGACCGCGGCACGCGCAUCCAGGGCACCAAGGGCGAGCUGGUCGGCGACAUGGUCUCGUUUGACGUGUUUGACUUCCAGACGCGCACCAAGACGCACCACAGGCCCGUCUUGGAGGGCGGCUACCACGGCGGCGGCGACACGGGGCUGGCGCGGGCGUUUGUCGCGGCCGUGGCCCAAAACGACCAGGCACGGCUGGGCGUCACACCAGACGACAUUCUCACGUCGCAUCUGCUCGUCUUCGCGGCCGAGCGGUCGCGGCUCGAGGGACGCGUCGUGGACUUUGCCGAAUUCCGAGCAUCGUGCGAGGACGGGACGUCCAUGUAA